AUGAGUGAUAAGUGGGCAGGUAUAGAGAACCAAGAGAGCCCAGUUAAUAUAAAAGUUCCAUUUGAUGUGACAAAGAUCACUCAUGAUAAUAUCAAUAUAGAGGAUAUCAUAAUCACCUCUACUCAAAGUAGUGAUAUAAUCGAGAAGACGAUUGUUGUCUUUAUCACUAAAAGUGUCUUGAAGGGUUUCUCUUAA